AUGGUCUUGGGACUGGAUAAGCGAGCUCUGUGGGGCGCGCUGCCCCUGCUGGGAUUUGCCAUUGGACACUUCCUGGACAAGAAGGAGACGGAGCGUAUGACCAUGUUCCGGGACAAGAGUGCCCUAUACGGCCGUCCCGGCGGCAGCGAGGGUAAGGCGCCAUCCUGGUAGGCCUACCCAACUUCGCCAACAUACAUUAUUUUUUUCCCCCAACUCACUGUUAAUCAAUAAACCGGAGAAAUGUGAAA